UCUCUCUCUAUCUAGCCAGAUACACAGAGAACAAUGAAGAUCACUAAAAUGGCAUCUCUUGCGGUUUUCUUUUGCACUUGUUUUAUCAUUACUACUGGUUUGUUAAAUGCAGAAAAGGUGUUCAAAGUUGGGGAUGAGUUUGGAUGGCAAGAACCUGGACAGAACAGCUCUGCCGUGUACACUCAGUGGGCUUCAAGGAACAGAUUCCAAGUUGGAGAUUCUCUCUCCUUCGAGUAUAAGAAUGAUUCAGUCAUUGAAGUAGACAAGUGGGGUUACCAUCACUGUGACGGUAGCAAACCUAUCGUUGCCUUCAACAAUGGUCAUGGUGUCUUCAAGCUCGACAGGUCAGGGCCUUUCUACUACAUCAGUGGAACCCCAAAUCACUGCAUGGGUGGCCAGCGUUUGCUAAUUGAAGUGAUGGGUCUGCACCGCCAUUCUCCUCUUACUGCAACUCCACCAGCUGGACAGCUAGCACCAUCCCCGCAACCAAGUUCAGGAGUAUUUGUCUCAGUGACACUUGGCUCAUUGUCAACGCUUCUUACGGGCACAUUGAUUGCUUUGUUAUGGUCUUUACCAUAACCUAUU